UAUCCCAGGAAUUCAACACUACAUGCUAUCAGCCAGUUCGCCACAAUAAGGACCUUUUGUCCAAACCGCAUUACUCGUUACCGAUACAGUAUCUUGAGUUGUCAAUAGUAGAACACUCUGGAAAAGGCGCAGUUACGUACGCUGAUGCUCUGAAUGCCUCAUCACGGACAGUGUACUCAUGUCAGCAAUUUCCAAACGUGAGAUUGGUCUUUAAGGAGACCCCCGCCCUGGUCUUUAAGGAGACCCCCGCCCUGCCCCUGCCCCCCCCCCCCCCCCCCCCCCCCAAGAGCCUUGGCUGCGUCCUUGACCCGUGUCACAUCCUCCACAUCCUCUUCAUCACCUCGUCGUCUUCUUACAUGGUCUUACAUGAAGAGAGGAGAGAAACCAGAGGGUUACAGGCAGAUGAGACCCAAAACGUUCCCUGCCAGCAGCUACAGCGGCAACAGCCAACACAUGCUGCAGGAAAUCCGGAACAGUUUGCGUAAUCUGUCGAAGCCCUCCGACCCACCAAAAGUGGACUUUAGUGGGAAAAUGCUCCCAGAGGACCUAAGGCAACAGGGGCGCUGCUUUAACCCCAAGAACCCUCAUCAUAAAGCCUUGCAGGAGAUCCGAGAGUCCCUGAUGCCUUUUGCCAAUGAGCCCAGCACUUCAGCGGAGCUCAACAAACACAUGUCAAUGGAACCUCCAUUUGCUGGGUUUGAGGAGACUACUGGUCGCAGUGUGGGGACAACUGUUGACUACAUGGCAAAGGUGACCUACCAGGACUCAAUGAGAGAACAGAUGGUUGGCCCCAAUCCAAGCACCGCAUGUCUCAAACCCCCAGGCACGACUCACAUGCAGCAGUCCCUCCUCAGGAGACCCAGCUGGAAAGGGUCUCAAGAGUCCCUGGCACCUCGACAUGCAAUGAUGUACCGCUCCGACAGUCCAGGGCCCCCGCCUGCCUUCCCGCAGGGACACCCUGGCAACAGCCAGAGAGUCAAUCCUCCCAUGCCACCUCAGGUGCGCAGCGUCACGCCUCCGCCGAACCGCGGGCCGAUGCCUUCUGCGUCUUCCUGGGACAGCAACCCAUCGACCAAGCGCUACUCUGGCAACAUGGAUUAUCUUGUGCCUCGCAUCUCUCCGGUGCCUCAGGGUGCCUGGGCUGACGGUUAUCCAAGCGCGUCACCUCAGAACCAGCGUGGGCUCAGCCCAGUUCCUGUGGGCCACCAGCCUAUCAUCAUGCAAAGCUCUGGAGGAAAUAAGUUCACCUUCCCGUCGGGCUGGACUCAGAAUGGCUCACCUCAGGCAGACUACAUGGCAGGUGGCAGCAGGCAGCCUCCUCCCCCCUACCCAGUCAACCAGAGCAGCCGACACAGUCCCACUGACCAGCAGAUGCAGGCGGGGGGGCCCGCUUCCUCUCAGUCAUACGUUAACGGCGUGAACAUCCCUCAGUCCAUGAUGGUUCCCAGUCGGAACAGUCACAACCUUGAUAUGUACAACAUAGGGCCUCCCCAUUCCUGGUCUCAAGGCUCCCUCACCCCUAACCAGCCUCAGUCUUCAUCAGGAAGUAGCAGCAACCAGGAUCUGUCUCCAUCAUGGCAGCACGGCAUGCUAGUGCGCUCCAACUCCUUCAACAGCAGAGCCGGCCACCCCGCCAGCUCCCAGCCGUCUGCCACCACGGUCACUGCCAUCACACAAGCGCCCAUCCUGCAGCCCGUUAAAAGCAUGAGAGUCCAGAAACCCGAACUGCACACCGCCGUUGCCCCCACGCACCCACCGUGGAUGCAACAGCCCACUCCCGCUGCCCCCGCUUACCCAGAGCCCUCAGCCCCCGUUCCUCAGAUUCCUGUCGUAGCAGAGGUACCCAGCUACCAGGGGCCCCCUCCACCUUACCCCAAGCACCUCCUCCAACAGCAAGCUGCACCGUCUCCGCCGGCAUACGAGCAAGGGGUCAGUAAGCACGGCGCAAGCAGGGAGGAGCCCGCGGAAGACGAGGGCGCUUUGGUGGACAACGGCACGCGAGAGAAGGUAGCUGAAAGUCCAGAAAGCAACGCGCCGACCGAAAAGGAGAGGAAGCAGAUCACGACAUCGCCUGUACCCGUGCGUCGCAACAACAAGGAUGAGGAGCGGAGGGGGGAGUCGGGCCGUGUGGCUUUGUACUCCCCGCAGGCCUUUAAAUUCUUCAUGGAACAACAUGUGGAGAACAUCCUUAAAAACCAUCAGCAGCGUAUCCGGAGGAGGAAACAGCUGGAGAGUGAGAUGCAGAGGGUGGGGUUGUCGUCAGACGCCCAGGAGCAGAUGCGCAUGAUGCUCUGCCAGAAAGAGUCCAACUACAUCCGGCUAAAGCGGGCCAAGAUGGACAAGUGCAUGUUCAAGCGAAUCAAGACCCUCGGCAUCGGGGCCUUUGGCGAGGUGUGCUUGGCCAGGAAAGAGGACACUGGAGCUCUGUACGCUAUGAAGACCCUCCGGAAGAAGGACGUGCUGCUCAGGAACCAGGUGGCUCACGUCAAGGCCGAGAGGGACAUCCUGGCCGAAGCCGACAACGAGUGGGUAGUGCGUCUCUACUAUUCUUUCCAGGACAGGGACAACCUGUACUUCGUCAUGGAGUACAUCCCCGGAGGGGACAUGAUGAGCCUUCUUAUCCGACUCGGAAUCUUCAAGGAGGAGCUGGCUCAGUUCUACAUCGCCGAGCUCACCUGCGCUGUGGAAAGCGUCCACAAAAUGGGCUUUAUCCACCGCGACAUCAAGCCAGACAACAUCCUCAUCGACCGAGACGGACACAUUAAGCUCACCGACUUUGGCCUCUGCACUGGAUUCCGCUGGACUCAUGACUCCAAGUAUUACCAGAGUGGGGACCACGUGAGGCAGGAUAGCAUGGACUUCAGUAAGGAAUGGGAGGAUCCAGCCAACUGCCGCUGCACAGACCGCCUGAAGCCUCUGGAGAGGAGAAAGGCCCGACAGCACCAGCGCUGCUUGGCCCACUCGCUGGUGGGGACGCCCAACUACAUUGCACCGGAGGUUCUGCUCAGGACAGGAUACACCCAGCUAUGCGAUUGGUGGAGUGUGGGCGUCAUUUUGUACGAGAUGGUGGUCGGACAGCCUCCCUUCUUAGCAACCACACCCCUCGAGACGCAAGUAAAGGUUAUCAACUGGAAGAACACCUUGCACAUCCCCCCACCAGCCAAGCUCAGCCCGGAGGCGUCCGACCUCAUCGUGAAGCUAUGCCGUGGCCCUGACGACCGCCUCGGCAAGAACGGCGCCGACGAAAUCAAAGCCCACCCUUUCUUCAAGACCAUCGACUUCUCCAGCGACUUGCGGCAGCAGGCGGCGCCGUACGUCCCGACCAUCGCCCACUCCACGGACACGUCCAACUUUGACCCCGUGGACCCCGAGAAGCUGUGGAGCGGCGACAGCGACGGCGAGGACGACCUCGACGACACGGGCUGCUGGUUCCGCAACGGCAAGCACCCCGAGCACGCCUUCUACGAGUUCACCUUCCGCCGCUUCUUCGACGACAACGGCCACCCGUACAGCUGCCCCAAGCCCAUCGCGUACGAGGGCCUCGACGAGGACGAGGCGGACUCCGAAGGCCCCGAGCGGGAGGCCCCAGGUGGCCCGCCGGCUCAGGGCCGAGACCUCGUCUACGUGUAGCGUUUGCAGAGAUACUUUGUUGGACAGGUACUGUGGUAGGACAGUGUGUUUGUGUAUAGGAACUGCUGACAUUCGCCCCCUGCGGUUCACUGCAGCAUCCAAUGACCUUGGCUGACUUAUUUUUACUUGACGAUUCAAACACUUAGUAGCUGCAAAAUGGGACAUUUGAGUACGUGUCAACUUUUGAACUUAAACUGUUAUCAAAAAGUUUGGGACAUUGGGCUUUGGAGUGAAAUUUCGGGAUGAAUGUGCUAACAGUAAACCCUGGCUAUUUGCUGGUGCUGCCACAAGUAGCGAAACGCUGCGAGUAAUUGACACCCCCACACAAGACGGCGGCAAAGCACUAUUUUUGCCUAAAUGAAACUCUUGAACUCAUUUGAACAUAGUUCCUUGACAAGAUGCCACAAGAUGGUGGAAAAGUAAUACUUUUAAAACAGCAAAUAGGUGUGCUUUUCCAGCAAAUAAUGGAGGAUAAGUUCCCAAAAAAACGUGUCAAUGCCAAACCACAUAUAUGUGGGGGUUGACAUUAUAACCUUAAGUUGACCUUCUCUAAAGGUCUGCAUAUCCCACUGUUCAGUACUUUUUGCCUACCUAACUCGCUGUUCUCCAAUAAAUUUCCUGGUUCAGGUAAAAUUCGUAGAAUUUAAACCAUCAUUUUCAUGCUGUUCAUAUUUUGACAACACGAGACCAAGACGAACACAACCCUUGAAUAAGAAUUCCUCGCCAUUGUAAGCUUCAAACAGGAUGUUCUCAGAUGGAAGUGGCCACUGGGCUUAGUGUCGUCAGCAGGUUGCAACAGAGAGACUGGGAGACUCACAGAAAGGCAUAGACUUGGAUGUCCUCUAAUGCCUGUUGUAAGUUUUGCCAUUGGACUUCUUGUUAGAGAACAGCAAGUUGUGCAAAAAGUACUGAAACAUUGUACAGGUCCAAAGGAACUUCACCUGUGAAGGUUUUGUACAUUUUAUGUUCAUUCCGAAAUUUCACGCGACAGCACAAUAUCCCAAACAUUUUGUGCAUCGUGUAGUUUGAAGACUAGCAAAAGCGUUUCCAAAUGGACUCAUGCUGGUCGGUCAUCAGCUGGUUAACUGGACACCUAUCCAAACUUAAUUUGGGACAAAUUGCCCUCAAUCUAUUCUUUUCAUUGGCUCCUGAAAGUGCUUAAUUUAUGAAAGAAAUCCCAACUGGCGCUGUUCACUUUUCGUGUGGGUACUUUGAAUCUUUAUUAGUAAUUUAUGUUUUGACUGUCUGUCGCAACUGGGACUUUAGUGAGAUGACUCGUAGAUAAUUAUUGAUUGCUUCAUUGAGGUGCCUUUUUAUUUUCUCACCAAAUAUACAGUUAAUUAAUUAUCAGACUGGCAUUAAAUGUGUAUGUAGAAGUAGACCGUUGAUUGAACUACAGUAGCUUUGUUUUAUUUUUCUAAUUUAUACCCAUAUUUAUAAAUGAACUUGUACACAAUUGAUGUAAAUAUUUCUUUUCCCUGUCACUGAUUUUUGCCUCCCUAAGGGCAGGCCCUCUUCAGUGUCCACUGCUGCUGUCUUCUACUAGUUCUACUUCAUGCUCAUGUCUCAUCCAAAGCACUAAAUAAGUGUUUAAUCAUUAGACAUUGAGAGAAAACACUUUUUCACGUCUUGUCAAAGAAACAUCAGUUUAUACAGAGAGUAAAGUGGACUGAGGAUUCCAUAACCUUCCCUCUGUACACUUUGUGUGAAGCAAUGAGCUCUGAAUGUAGUUUUUAGACUUAUUGGUGACCAUUGGCCUCCUGCACUGGCUUUGUGUUGUCACACGAGAAUAACAAUUAUAUAUAUUUUUUCCUGUGUGUACACUGUUGCUCUGGAUGGGAUACGUGUUGGGGAAGAGGGUGAUCAAUAAAGAAUGUCAAGAAUGAAA